AUGGCAACAAAAAUAUUGAGAACUAAAAACGUACAUAGUUUAUUCUACAAAUCGUUUUCGGGGUGUUUAUCACAAAAGACCACAUUAACUCAAUUUGUAAAAUUCCAAAAUGAUUUAAAUUUAAAUGUAAAUAGUAGUUUUAAAAGAUUUAGUCUAAGUGCAGUGAUAUCGGGUACAGCUGGACAUGCAGAAACCACAAGUACUACACAGGGUCUAUCGAAAUUACAAGCUCAGGAACUUAUUUUAAGAUUAAAUGGGGAAGAAAGAAACAUUCUGAUGUCAGCUCUACAUGAGUAUCAAUCGAAACAAAUCAAAGAUGAAUACGAAGGUCAACUAGCGGCAUCUAGAUGGAGGAGCAAGUUUGGUAGGCCUAGCAAACUUCCUAGAUUAGGAGAUGUUGAUCCAACAGGAUCGUUUUGUACUUUUCCAGAAGACUGGCUGUCUAAGAAAAUGGCGGCUGCUGUACCAAGACCGACAACUAGGAAUUUGGUUGACAUUGGCAUCGCUAAUUCCAUCCCAUUCAUAGGAUUUGGAUUUCUGGACAAUUUCUUCAUGUUAGUUUUCGGAGACUACAUCGAUUUGUACUUGGGAUCGUACUUUUGUUUGACCACAAUGGGGGCCGCAGCUUUAGGUAACACGCUAUCCGAUAUUAUGGGUAUCGGUUCAGCUUUUUACGUGGAAAGAUUGGCUAACAGAAUUGGAUUCAGACCACCCACACUUUCACCUAUUCAAUUAGAUAUGAAUUGCUGUAGGAAUUCCGCCAAUACUGGUAGAGUAUUAGGUGUAACGUUGGGUUGCAUACUCGGUAUGUGCCCGUUAUUCUUCAAGAAGAACAACAAAGAAAAGGAGCAGCAGAAGAAAAAUGAGGUUUUAGAAGAAUGA